AAUGCUUUACCGGGAAUCAGUCUUGUCGACACUUCCUCUCUCAGACUGGAUGAGCUCCUCAGUGUUUAGCGGGACCCACAUCAGGUCAGGUUCACAUUCUGUCCCCAGACUCACUUUCCAGUUGGGACACACUCAGACACCGUGAGGCCCUCGGAGAGCGUUUGGACGUCAGGGGCCCGCGGCUGGGCUGAGGACCGAGUCUGAAGCAGGGAUGGAGACGUGGAAGAAGCUGUUUAAACGCGUGGUGUCUGUGAAAGUCAGGGAGUACGUGAAGGACUACUGUAAAAGGAACGGGCUGCUGACUCUGUCCGUGUUUGCCGUCAUCACCGGCUGCGUUCUUGGAUUUGCGCUGAGGACGUUCAACCUCUCCACGCAGGCAAAGAUCUAUUUCUCUUUCCCUGGAGAAUUAUUGAUGAGGAUGCUGAAGAUGUUAAUUCUGCCACUCAUUACUUCCAGUCUGAUGUCUGGCCUGUCGGCCAUGGACACGAAGGCCAGCGGCCGCCUGGGUGUCCUGACGAUAACGUACUACCUGUGGACAACCUUCAUCGCCGUGAUUGUGGGGAUCGUCCUGGUGCUGAUCAUUCACCCGGGGACGGGGCAAGAGAAAGACAGUCACCAUGGAAGCACGGGCCCAGUCAUGACCUCCGCCGACGCUCUGCUCGACCUCAUCAGGAACAUGAUCCCAUCGAAUCUAAUUGAAGCUACAUUUCAGCAGUACCGGACGGACCUGGUGCCAAGUGUGCAGAGCUCCAACGAGAAAGAGUCUCAGGCCAACUUCGUCUACGUCAUGCCUGAUUAUCACAACCCUCGACUCGGCCACCCUGUUUUCUUGGAGAUCACGCCGGCGCCUGACAUCAAGUAUAAAAUCGUUCCCAGUACGAGCAAAGGCAUGAAUGUGUUGGGGAUUGUCAUCUUCUCAGCAACCAUGGGUCUGCUGCUGGGGAAGAUGGGCGAACGUGGAUUGCCUCUGGUCAACGUGUGCCAGUGCAUAAACGAGUGCGUUAUGAAGAUCAUUAAUGCGGCCAUGUGGUACUUCCCCUUUGGCAUAGUGUUCCUGGUCGCAGGGAAGAUCCUGGACAUGCACGACCCAGCCCACCUGGGAGAGAAACUGGGCAUGUACUUCAUCACCGUCCUGGCUGGUCUGUUCGUGCACGGCCUCAUCCUGCUGCCUCUCUUCUACUUCUUCUUUACCCGCAAAAACCCCUUUGCGUACAUCCGAGGCCUGUUGCAAGCCCUCGUCAUUGCUCUGGCGACUUCGUCCAGCUCAGCCACGCUACCGAUCACAAUGAAGUGUCUCCUGGAGAACUGCGGGGUGGACAGGCAGAUUGCCCGCUUCGUCCUGCCGGUGGGAGCCACCAUCAACAUGGACGGGACGGCCUUGUAUGAGGCCGUGGCAGCUAUAUUUAUUGCUCAGGUCAAUGAUUAUGACUUGGACUUCGGCCAGCUGGUAACCAUUAGUAUUACAGCAACAGCAGCCAGCAUUGGGGCAGCUGGCAUACCUCAAGCAGGUUUGGUUACCAUGGUGAUAGUCCUGACCUCUGUGGGGUUACCGCCUGCUGACAUCUCCCUGAUCGUGGCUAUCGACUGGGUUCUCGAUCGGUUUCGGACGAUGAUCAACGUUCUGGGUGAUGCAUUAGCAGCUGGGAUUAUGGCGCACUUGUGCAAAAAGGACUUUGACAAAGCAGCAGCUGUUGCAGCCAAUUCUUCUGCUGGUUCUUCUGUCAGUAAGGAAAGGAGAGACACCGUAAUCUCGUUUGGCAAUCAGAGUGUGGCCAUGUCCGACACGCCUCUGAUCACACACCGCUGCGACUAUGUGUUCGAGGUGGAUGGAGACAACGUGCUGGAGAGGCCCGUGCCCUGCUAUAAUCUCUGCCAAGUCUGAGUCCCCCUGUUUUAUUGAGGGAACUGAAAGGGAUUCAUGAGAUUCAUUCAUACUUGAAGCACAGGGAGCUUAGUUUUGGGAGGGAAUACAGUAUAUUGUCAUAGUCAAGCAAACUGAGGAGUCAAGGCGGAGUGGCUUAACGUGUAUUUUGCCAGUGCCAUGCUGAAUUAAGAAAACCUCCUUUACUGUAUACACUGGAUGAGGGGAGCUUACAAUGUGUGUAACCUGAAGUAUGGGUUACUGAGUGGAAAGGAAGUACGAAUUAACCAAAUGUGAUAGGAGUGGAUACUGAUCGACCUGUGGUGACAAGCAGAUACAAACAGUUCUUAUAAAGUUGACUCCAAGUUUGAUUGUAAGGUUUUAAGCUGCCUUAAUAUGAAGCUAAUAAAUGGGAAGACUUGAAUGUUAAUAGAAACCAUUUAGAAAAACUAAACAGGAAGUUUAGACAUUGUAUGUUUAAAAAAAAAAAAAAAAAAAAUCUAUCAAUGGGCACAAAAUCAAUGCAUAAAAGUUACUUUGAAUGUUGAAUGUACAGAAUUAUUUCUGUUUUUAUACGUGUACUUUGAGAUUUGUGUUUGUUUUGUAAUAAAAUUCUGCAAUACUCCAAGAGAAGAUUUUGUUUUUCUACAUUUAAUUUUUCUAAAGAGGAGCUCUGCAUUAUCCUGCAGGUAGUAUUACCCUACUGAUAAUGCACUGUAGUUUGCUAUUGCGAAUAUGCUAUUUUACAGAUCAGAUAUAAAAACAAACAAUGCUUGCUGUUAUUAAACUUUACUAUUCAGGCUUUUCCCUUUUGAUUUCUCUUAUUGUACCAACCAAUAAAGAUUGGUUUAGGUUUUAAAAAUGUUCUUGAAUGUGUAUUCUUAAUAAACAGAGCUUCAAUAACGUGGGUAAACAGAUUUAAGUGCUACAAACAGUUUUGAUUGUGUUAAGUUUGUUUUGUUUUUUUAAAACAUGGCAUUUUUAACCUAUGACAAAAUACUACAGAUAUUCAACAACCACUAAACAAAAUUCACAGUAGGCUUCUGAAGACAUUUAAUUUUAGUAAUUCUGUAAUUUCUCCACAUUUUAAUGAAGUUAAUCAAGGUUAGCAGACAUUAAUGAACUCGAACAUAGUGUUAAACAUGUUCAUAACAAAAAGAACAAGUCAAUAACCUAUUAAAAACACUAGAAUGUGUAUCAAGUAUAACGGCGUACACUCAAAUAAAUAAAUGCCACUUCCUGUAUUUUACACUAUUUUAUCAUAUAAAUUAAGGCAGACUGCAGAAUGUUUUGACCGCGUCUGAAACAAACAUUUCAUACAUAUCAAACAAGACUGCAGAAAGAAAAGAACAAACGUACUAACAUGUCAGUAAAAAAACAGAACCUGUAAAAAAAGUCCAAGACUAUCACCUGCUUUAAAAUAUUGCACAGAGGUAAGGACGGUGACAUAAAUAUGAAUAUUAGGAAGCAAAAUGUCUUAUUUUUAAGACUAUAUAUGAAUUUUAUAAAUCAAAUUACUUAAAAUAGGGUGGAAACUUACCAUUUGAAUUCACACAAGUGUCGGCUUUAAAAUGUGGCUUUAAAUAUAAACCAAACGCCUCUUGGGCCAGUUUCUGUUAAACUUGAAUUUUAAAAAAUUCAUGCUGAACUUUAAACGCCAAGAGUGUUCCUAAACUAUUUGACGCAAGCAGAAACAUUUAAACAAUUCAAACCUCACUCGAUAAAAGCAAAAUCUGCUCAAAGUAGCUGUUUCACAUAUGAGAUCAUUAAAAUAUUUUCAUGAAAUAAAACUUGUCACUUUACCCAACUACAAUGAAUCAGCCUAGAAAAUAUUCAAUAUGCAUCACUCUAAAAAAAAAAGCAACCAGAUUCUUGGAGAUGAUUCUUACAUCUAAUAUAUUGACUGGACUUUCUAAUCCUGCCUGACAGAGGUUUAAUUUUUUUAUUAUUAUUAUUAUUUCGUAUGUACCGGAAACUCACUUUCCUCUUGAAAUGGGUUGUCUAUGUAGUCUGAACAUUUCCCCAAAAUUAUCUGAAUUAGUUUUGGUCCACUCAAUUUUGAAUAUUUGAAUGCGAUCUUGUUAUGUUGUUCAAAAUUAUCAGCAACGUUGAAACGUUGCUGAUAAUUCCCACUGAAGAAUCUCUGCUUAAAAAAUAAAUAGAAAAAGAAAACAACAACAAAAAAAUACAAAACUCAAAAUAAAUUUUCAAAUAAAU